CGCACACACACACACGCACACACAAAACUGCGAAAUCGAGGAGACGGACAGCGCCCAGAAUAACUUGAGAAGUGUGCGGAGGAGCAUCGCGUUGGACAUGGGAUUGCGGCCAAACUCCCUGGCCUGUCGGACUUCCAAAGAGAGGACAUGUCCUUUGGUUUGUUAAAGCCCCAGUGCUACUUUCGGCCCUGCCAGCAUGCUCCAGUAGGGACGGGACCCCUUCAGUCAGCAGAACUGUUUGAUCCAAGAGAAACGUGCCUUGUAAGGAAACAGGAUGUUCACAGGCUCCACCAAGCUGCCCCCGGCCAAAACCCCCCAGCCCGAGCGGCUGGACGAGGUGUACGCCGCCUUACGCCGAGGCUUACAGUCAUACUUGCAGGUCCACCAGCUGGAGCUGGACACUCUGGGCCAGCAGAUCCGAGAAAACAAGAGGAACGGUCGGCUGGGCUCUUUGUAUGAGCAGGAUAAGCAAGUGAAAGCCAUAGAGAGAUUCAUGCGUCGUUUGGAGUUCCACCUCAGCAAGGUGGAGGAGCUGUACGACGGUUACUGUAUACAGCGCCGGCUCCGAGAUGGCGCCAGCAAAAUGGUGGCGGCCUUUAACUCCGCCACUGGGAGCAGAGAGGCCAGGGAGAGCCUGAGUGAGGCCAACAGGGGCUUUAGGGAAUGUACAGAGCACAUGUGCUCACUGGAGAGCGAACUGGAAAGCCACAUGGGAGAAUUCCAUGUCAAGAUGAAGGGCCUUGCCGGCUUCGCUCGCUUGUGUGCCGGUGACCAAUAUGAGGUGCUCAUGCGCUACGGGCGUCAGCGAUGGAGGCUACGAGGCCGCGUGGAAGUCAGCAGUAAGCAGAUAUGGGACAGCGAAGAGUACAUCUUCCUGCCUCUCGUCACUGAACUCUUGUCCAUCAAGGUGACAGAACUGAAGAGUCUGGCCAAUCACGUGGUGGUCGGAAGUGUGUCCUGCGAAAUGCUCGACCUGUUCUGCCCGCUCCCACAGACCCUUGCCGUGGAUAUUAACGACCUGGGAACAGUUAAGCUGAACUUGGAAGUAACAUGGAGUCCUUUUGAUAAGGACGACCAGACAUCGUCCACCAGUACCGUUUCCAAACGUCUUCUGUCCAAUCAGAGCCCUCCUGACACGCCCUCAAUGCGGGAGCAAGUGUUUUAUAGCACACCUCACGGGGGCGCCGCGCAGAGACGCCGGCCGACAGAGGCGGUCCACGAGGGCGUGACGGACAGGACGGCUUCCUUACCGCGCACAUUGAGCCGUGCAAGAGCCUCAUCCAGAGGUUUACAGUUGUCUCUGCUGAAACGACAAGGAGAGCUGGACAACGGCACAGUCUGGUCCAACUCCUCAGAGUCCUCCGACGACUCGUCCAGCCCGGCCCUGGCCCACCACGCUCAGAGGCUGUCGGCCUCCAACGUCCUGCAAACCGCCGUCCCGGCGCCGCACAAGUCAAGCGCGUCGACGCCGUCGCUGUCGUCCAAUCAGGAGGAGGACGAGAGUGAAGCCGGAGAGGUUUUCUCCCCGAGAGAUUCAGUGCACAAUGGCCACCCGACGUCCUGCUCUCGGAGCCGAGUCGGCGAGACCGGCCCGGAAUGUACUGUGACGGACAGGCUGUCUGUCCAAGCGGCCGAGCUUCUGGGAACCUCGGCGGAGCGGAGCCGCUCGUGCGCUGACGUUUCUUCCACCGUCGCCGAGUCGUUAGAGAGGACAGAAGAUUGUCUGGCCAAAGAUUCACCUGAGGACUUGACACUCCGCACCACAGCAGGGACCACUGAGGCUGAAGGACCAAGGCAGCCGGCUCACCAUCUAAAACACUCCGAUGGCGCUCCAACUGUUCCUUUCCCCACCUCUUCUAGUUUCACUCAGGAAGUGGAGACGGCUCUUGAGAGUUUUGACUUUCUCAACUGCUCAGACCUGGAGGAAGAAGAGGAGGAGGAGACGGAACUUCAGGAGCAGGCUGAUCACCAAGAGAAGGAUGAGCGUCAAGAAGACGAUGAGCAUCAAGAGAAAGAAGAGCAGGAAGAGGAAGAUGAGCAUCAAAAGGACGACAAAGGAGCAAAGCAAGCAGGCGAGGAGCAGCACGGAGAAGAUCAAGACAAGAGGGAGCAAGACAACAGAGACGAGGAGGAGGAGGACAAAGAAAUGUUCUACUCUGGAGCAAGCGACGAAGAGGCGGGAGACGGCCUGGAGUUCCUCAUGGAGGCUCCAGAAGGAUUUCGGAACUCUGACGACGAUCGCGUGUCCGAAUCGCAGGAGUCGAGUGCUGAAGAGGAGCAGGAUUUGAGGAGGGUGGAGCUGCCCGAGGAAGAGGAGGGGCAUGGGGAGGACCCGUCACAUGAUGUUCAGGAGGUGGAGGCGGAGCGUCCCCCGACUCCAAGCCACUUGGCCACUACCGUGUUCUAAUUGGCCGGCACGCAGCCACAGUCCGACCAUUUCCGCUUUCGUCUAACGUGCUGGUUGCCAAGUCGACAAGCAAGCUCUUCCAUUACUGCAGAGUUUGUGCACACAUUCGCCUUGUUCUGACCAAGAACCAUAAACACUCUUCUUCUCCUCAUCCUUCUUCUACUUCUCAUUCUUCUUUUUCUUCUUCCGAAGUCCUCAGUAUUUCAACGUCAUCGUGUUGCCUGCAUUCAUGCCACUUUUGUUUUUAAACAAUUCACUUAAAGCAGGCUCGGUUUAUUUAAGUGAUGAAAUGAGCCGAAAAGGAUGUUUUCCUUACUCUGCGUACAAUCAGUGACUGGGGCCAGUUCUCAGCGUUUGCAGUUAACGAUGGACUGGGAGCUUUUUGCAGUGUUUUCCAGCUCGUAAAGCUCUUUAGGAGAGACUCCACGUGAGGUUUGUCUUUGUCAUUUCCAUGGCGCACUAAUGUAUUGUAGUUGUGUGACAUUGUGUCUUUAAGAUAAACCAGGACUUGAGCUGCCUUACAAACACACGUUCUAGGGACCCAUAAUGUACAGUUGGCAGGAUUGGAGUUUUUAAAUGAUGCAAUAUGCGGUGUAAAACUAUAUUUAAACCUGCAUGUGUGUAUCUGCCUCACACUGCCGGCAUGUCCACUGUAAAAGGUGCAACUGAUUCAUUUAGGUGUGUACAAAUAUUCAGCCUCAGUGGUGGAGCGCUAUUGCGUCUCAGCAUUUUUUGCUUUACGUCAUCGUACAGAAAAGCCUCUUCAUUCAGAAAGUGCCUAAAGUGAAGGAUGUUAAGGUUGUAAACACACACAAAAAGAAAAAAAGGUGAACAGGCAAAGUGUUACAGUGUUUAUUUUGGAAUUACUUUUAAGAGUGUUCACCAUAAGAGAUAUUUACUGUUUCAUAUAAAGAAUUGUAUGUCCUGAAAUGUUUAAUGUUCAGAAAUGUUCAAACUUUAUAAAGUUUUCUUUAAAACUAA